AUGAAAUUCGGCCAACAGCUGCAGCAGUCCCUCAUCAAGGACUACUACUGGCACUACAUUGCCUACGAUGAACUGAAAAACGCCCUCAAAAAGCCCUUCAUUAAUGGCAAGAGCGGAGAACGAGAGCCAUGGACCGACGAUGACGAAGCGAACUUCAUUCGGAUGCUCGAGGCGGAGUUGGACAAGGUCUACACAUUUCAGAAACUAAAGAGCCAGGAAAUCAUCUCGAGGAUAAAGUCAAGCGAGGGCGAGGUCAAGCACGUUCUUGACCGUCAGGAACAACAACAGGGCGCCUCCGACUCCGAGACCGAUAGCGACCUCGAGAACGACUUUGACCUUCUUGAGCAAGAUCUGAGUGACAUUAUCGCCGAUGUCCACGAUUUGGCCAAGUUCACCCAAUUGAACUAUACGGGUUUCCAGAAAAUCAUCAAGAAGCACGAUAAGCAGACUGAACUGAUCCUACGACCCUCUUUCGCUACUAGGCUUAAGGCCAAACCCUUCUUUCAAGACAAUUACGAUGCCUUCAUCGUCAAGCUCUCUAAACUCUACGAUCUCGUCCGUACCAGAGGUCAUCCCGUCAAGGGCGAUAGCUCUGCUGGCGGUGGCCAACAAAAUUUCGUCCGUCAGACAACAAAGUACUGGGUGCAUCCAGAUAACAUCACCGAGCUCAAACUCAUCAUCCUCAAGCACUUACCCGUCUUAGUCUUCAAUGCCAACAAAGAAUUUGAAGAGAAGGAUUCAUCUAUAUCGUCAAUCUACUACGAUAACCCGGAGACGUGGGAACUAUACAUGGGUCGUCUAAAGAAGACUGAGGGGGCCGAGGCCAUUCGUCUGCGAUGGUACGGCGGCAUGGAGAAUGAGACUAUCUUCGUCGAACGGAAGACCCAUCGGGAAGACUGGACUGGUGAGAAGUCCGUCAAGGCUCGAUUCACACUGAAGGAGAAAAACGUCAACGCAUUCCUGGCUGGAAAGAUGACUGUUGAGGAGGCCUUUGCGAAGAUGAGAAAGGAAGGCAAAAAGAGCAUCAAAGAGAUCGAAGACCUCGAACAACUCGCUCGAGAAAUCCAGUACCGAGUCGUUACCCGAAAAUUGGUACCUGUUUGCAGGUCCUUCUAUCACCGUACCGCCUUCCAGCUUCCUGGCGAUGCUCGAGUGCGUAUCUCGUUGGAUACCGAGCUCACCAUGACCCGUGAAGACAACAUGGAUGGAAAGCAAAGGUCAGGCAAGAAUUGGAGACGAAUGGACAUUGGCAUUGAUUGGCCAUUCCCACAACUACCUCCUGGGGACGUUGAACUAUUUCCUUAUGCCGUCCUCGAAGUCAAGCUGCAGACUCAAGCUGGUCAAGAGCCACCUCAAUGGGUUCGUGAUUUGACAUCGAGCCAUCUCGUUGAAGCAGUACCCAAGUUCUCAAAGUUUAUUCACGGAUGCGCCACCAUGUUUCCCUCCAGGAUCGACCUCCUGCCGUUCUGGAUGCCUCAAAUGGACGUCGACAUUCGAAAGCCCAUAACUCACCGGUUUGGCAUUGAACGUCCUGCAAACACGGCAAGCUACUCGACUAGUGACGUCGAUGACGAUGAUGACGAUUCCGACGUUGAGUACGGACAGGCCACUGGCAAGUCAACACCAUUCACCGAAGGCUCUGUUGAUGGCGACGACGAACAAACCCGCCGUCUAAAGGCAGCUAGGCUCGCUCUCGAUGAACACCAUCGCGCUCAAGAAGUAGAUGACCGCGAGAAUGGUCAUGCUGCUCCUGGAAACUCCUUGGACGAGGAAGAGCGUGUCGCUGCCAGGCCAGUGGAUAAUGACGAGUAUCUCUACGACUCCGAUUACGAGGACGAUGAGCACGAGAACGAACUCGAGGAAGCUCGCCGUAGCGGAUCGUGGCAUUACUAUCCACUCCUCGCGAAACACCAUGCUCUUGUUGCCAGCGAUGCGAUCGUCAAGCUCUUCCACAAGGUUCCCACGAGCAAUCCUCUCCCACAAAAUGGCAGCAUUGGCGGCGUCAACCCACAGGGCGGCCAGGUGCAAGUCAAGCGCUUCAAGGCGCCACCAGGCAAACGUAUCCACGUUCCCGUCAGAGUCGAGCCCAAGGUGUACUUCGCCACCGAACGUACCUUCCUGUCGUGGCUCGAGUUCAGCAUCAUCAUCGGCUCGAUUGCCGCUGCACUGCUCAAUUUUGGUGACAGCGUCAGUCUCGCAUCCGCGUGGGCCUUCACCUUCGUCGCGUGCGCAGCCCUGGUGUAUAGUGUCGUGAUAUACUGGCUGCGUGUUGAGAUGAUUCGCAAGCGCAGAGCCACCGUUUCGCGGUAUUACGACAAGUACGGCACGACUGGAUUGUGUAUUGGCCUUUUCACCGCCACCGCCAUUACUUUCAUUUUCAGGAUCAAGGAAAACGGGUGGGCGGAGAAGACCACCCUUGUACAUCAAUAA